GUGGCAAUGAUCUUCUACUUGAUCGGUUUCGUCGGAUUUCUUUCCUCGACAAUAACGACGGUCAUCAUGCUGCUAUGUGCUGGGGAGGUGCAGACCGAACUGGGCUGCCAGGAAUUUAUGCGGAGAAUUGGUAAUUAUUCUCGGGCUCCAUACCUCUUUUUCAUGGUGGGCUUCCUCUACGCAUUCGCUUCUGUCAUACGCUAUUUCGUAACCAUGAAGACCCUCGGUGGCCUGAUAAUACUUGGCCUUGUCAUGCUCAUUGCCGCUGCGCUGAUUUCCAGCACCUGCGACUUCUUCGUACGUUGCUGCAUUCAAACACACAAUGGCAUCAAUGA